AUGCCUCCACGGAUAAAGAUAUCAAGUCAAUUGCUACGGUCCCUUUGCCGGCAAGGGUGCGUACGCGAGUUCUCUGCUCUAAGCCGCCCGGCAUCCAACUAUCCCGGCCAUGUCCCUCUUACGACGGUCGAGAGGUGCUCUCUGGCCAUCGGAUCAGCCAUCGGAUCACUAUUAAACCCUCGACGACAUGACCUGAUUGCCACCCUGGGCGAGACAACAGCGACGCCAUACUUCAUCUACCGGCUGCGAGACGCCAUGCUCGCCAGCCCUACUGGCCGGCGAAUCCUCCGUGACCGACCACGCAUCACAUCCCAGACCCUCUCACUACCAUACCUACGCUCUCUCCCUGCCUCGUCUCUGGGCGCAACAUACGCUGCCUGGCUGGACCGUGAAGGCGUAACGCCCGACACCCGCAGCAGCGUGCGGUACAUUGAUGACGAAGAAUGCGCGUACGUGAUGCAGCGGUACCGCGAGUGUCAUGACUUCUACCAUGCCGUCACCGGCCUACCUAUCGUGGUAGAAGGCGAGGUAGCGCUGAAAGUAUUUGAAUUUAUGAAUACGGGCCUACCGAUGACGGGACUUAGUGCUGCGGCCGUGGUGAGGUUGAAGGGACCGGAAAGAGAGAGGUUCUGGAACAUACAUCUUCCCUGGGCUGUGAGGAGUGGAGCUAAGAGUAAGGAGCUGAUAAGCGUUUACUGGGAGGAGGAACUGGAGAGGGAUGUGGGUGAGUUGCGGGAGGAAUUGGGUAUUGAGGUGCCGCCUGAUCUGAGGGAGAUGAGGAGACAGCAGAGGAAGAGAGACAAGCAGCGAGCUGGCAAUGCAUAG